AACAGGCUUUAAAUAAGUGCUGGGAGUGAGAAGUUUUACACAGUUUCAUUUGGAUUCUACUCAGGAACUAUUGACGCUAGUAACGGCGUAAACUACCACGAACCGGCCAUCGCCUUGAACAGUAUCCAUUUGGACAAGACAAUCAGAACCAUGUGUGGGAUCUUUGCCUACCUGAAUUACUGUGUGCCUCGCACCAGAAAGGAGAUAUUUGAGACGCUGGUGAAGGGACUGCGGAGGCUGGAGUACAGAGGCUAUGAUUCAGCAGGCAUCGCUGUGGACAGUGACAAGAAGACAACGACAGAAGACAACAGCAAAAUUGUUCUCAUCAAGAAGAAAGGCAAAGUGAAGGCCCUGGAUGAAGAGCUCUACAAGAAAGACUGCAUGGAUCUGGAGGUGGAGUUGGACACACACUUUGGCAUUGCUCACACACGCUGGGCCACACACGGUGAACCCAGUGCCCUCAACAGCCAUCCCCAGCGCUCCGACAAGAACAACGCGUUUGUUGUCAUCCACAAUGGCAUCAUCACCAACUACAAAGAGUUAAAGAAGUACCUGAACUCCAAGGGCUACGAGUUUGAGUCCGAGACGGACACAGAGGUCAUCCCUAAACUGAUAAAAUAUGUUUACGACAACCGUGAGAGAGAAGACUUGUCCUUCUCUACGCUGGUGGAGAGGGUCAUUCAACAGCUGGAGGGGGCCUUCGCCCUGGUGUUCAAAAGCCAUUAUUUCCCCGGAGAGGCUGUAGCCACCAGGAGAGGAAGUCCUCUUCUCAUUGGUGUGCGGAGCAAGUAUGAGCUUUCCGCAGAGCACAUCCCGAUCCAGUACAACAGUGCACCAUACUACUCUGUCCUGAGGGACUGUGCAGUCACCCCAGUGUCUACAGAGCGACAGGGGGCUGCUGAGCCCAUAGGUCUGUUCAAGGAGGGGGUCCAGGAUAAGAACAGCCACAACCGGUCAGACAAGCCAGACAACUCCACUGCUGUGAAUUCAGCUGGAGACGGCAAGGCUGUAGAGUACUACUUUGCCUCCGACGCCAGUGCCAUCAUAGAGCACACCAACAAGGUGAUCUACCUGGAGGAUGAUGACAUUGCAGCAGUGGUCGGGGGCAAGUUGUCCCUCCAUAGGCUGAACAGCCUAGCAGGGGAGAAUCCAGUCCGGGCAAUCCAGACCCUCCAGAUGGAACUACAGGAGAUUAUGAAAGGUAACUUUGAGGCAUUUAUGCAAAAGGAGAUCUUUGAGCAGCCAGAGUCUGUCUUCAACACCAUGAGGGGACGGAUCUGUUUUCACACCAACAAAGUGAUCCUGGGAGGGCUGAAGGACCACCUGAAGGAGAUCAAACGCUGCAGACGCCUCAUCUUGAUUGGCUGUGGAACCAGCUUCCACGCUGCCGUGGCUACCAGACAGAUUCUGGAGGAGCUGACAGAGCUUCCUGUCAUGGUGGAACUGGCUAGUGACUUCCUGGACCGCAACACACCCGUCUUCAGAGAUGACGUCUGCUUCUACAUCAGCCAAUCAGGUGAGACAGCAGACACUCUGAUGGCUCUGAGGUACUGUAAGGAUAGAGGAGCUCUGACCGUAGGGGUCACCAACACAGUGGGCUCCUCCAUCUCCAGAGACACAGACUGCGGGGUGCACAUCAACGCCGGUCCAGAGAUCGGUGUGGCCAGCACCAAGGCCUACACCAGCCAGUUUGUGGCUCUCAUCAUGUUUGGUCUGAUGAUGAGUGAGGACAGGAUCUCCCUGCAGCCGAGGAGGCUGGAGAUCAUCAGUGGACUUAGGAUUCUCCCAGACAUGAUCAAGAAGGUUCUGACUCUGGAUAAUAAGAUCAAGUCCAUAGCAGAUGAGCUGUAUCAGCAGAAGUCUCUGCUGGUCAUGGGACGAGGCUUCAACUACGCCACCUGUCUGGAGGGGGCACUGAAAAUCAAGGAAAUCACGUACAUGCAUUCAGAGGGCAUCCUGGCUGGGGAGCUGAAGCACGGCCCUCUGGCUCUGAUUGACAAGCACAUGCCCGUCAUCAUGAUCAUCAUGAAAGACGCCUGCUACACCAAGUGUCAGAACGCACUGCAGCAGGUCACAGCCAGAUCGGGGCGGCCGAUUAUCCUGUGCUGCCAGGACGACCAGGAGAUGUCUAAAAAUGCGUAUAAGACCAUUGAGCUGCCUCACACAGUGGACUGUCUCCAGGGCAUCCUCAGUGUCAUCCCUCUGCAGCUCCUGUCCUUCCACCUGGCCGUGCUACGGGGAUACGACGUGGACUGUCCCAGGAACCUGGCCAAGUCUGUCACUGUAGAGUAAUAGCAGACAGACAGGAGGCAGACAGGACAGGAGGCAGUAGAGACCAUAACACUCUGCUCAAGAGAGACACUGAGUGGAGGCUUACACAUAAAAGUGCAAUUGUGUGUGUGUGUGUGUGUGUGUGUGUGUGUGUGUGUGUGUGUGUGUGUGUGUGUGUGUGUGUGUGUGUGUGUGUGUGUGUAAAUCUGUAAAUCUCACGACUGUUUGACCAUCUGUCCAAUCAGCAGCAUUAUCACCAAUAAUGUUUCCAAAGCAAGAGACCUAUACACUACUGUGCCUUGUACCCAAUUGGUGCCUUGUCCACAAACAGUUGAGCCAAAAACACCAAAUGUAGGAAUAAUGCAUUGACUUGGUAGAUUGAAGUGCUUAUAACUCUGCAAUAUGUGAAAAAGUACAUUGUGAAUGUUUAUGAUAAUAUUCUCUUCAUGUGUAUUGGGCUCUCUGUCCUGUGGCAGUCUAUCAUCUUCACUUUGUAUCUUGGGAAGUGUAGUCUAUUCCAUAGCAUUCCUUUAUACAGAAUAGCCUAUAGAGCCCCACAUUGGAAGUGUCAUAAUAUCCAUAAAACCUAGCGGUCAAACAGGGAAAUGGUUCCAAU